ACUCUUUGGGCUUUGGGACCCAGCUUUUCUGAUUUCAGACUCCAGCUGUGCACUUCCUAGCCGUACGACCUCAGACAAUUUCCGGAGCCUUUUCUGGAUCUCAGGUUCCCUAUGUGGGCGCAGCAAAGGCUCUCCAGCGAAGCUGGCAGGAGACACAAACGAGGGAUGAAGCGGAAGGCCUUUGCAUUGGCCUGGGAGCUGCGCGCGGAGCGCGUCCGCGGGCGGGAGCGUCCGCAGUCACCGUGGCAACCGGGGACGCCUCGCGAUCCGGGCCGCUUGCGGCAGAGCGGAGGAGGCUGCAUGAGGCUGGAAGACUCGGUGGUGGCGACCGCGGGCCCGGCGCCUGAGACGGGCUGCGGCGGGGAGCAGCCUCGGCCGCCCGCGGGGCAGGGGUGCGGGGCGCGAGGGGAGCCCGGCGGCGGCGGCCCGCAGGAUUCCCGCCAACAGCGGAAGAAGUUUUUAUACUGUGAGCCACAUAAGAGAAUUAAGGAAGUACUGGAAGAAGAGCUUUAUAUUAAGAGAGAUGAAUGCCACAUUAAAAAUCCACCUACAGUUGCCCUGGAAGGGAUCUGGAGCAUUAAAAGGAAUCUCCCUGUGGGAGGCUUGAAGCCCGGACUGCCAAGCAGAAACAGUUUACUGCCACAAGCCAAGUACUAUUCGAGGCAUGGAGGGCUGAGAAGAUAAGAUGAAUAAAUAUUUCCGUGGAGAAGAAACCUCUUACUCCUGGUGUCUGAAAAACAGAGAAGAAACCCAAGUUUGUUUCACAGUUUCUAUUUUUAAAGAAAUGUAUAUUAGUCUGUAAUUCCUAUUAUUGGUAUUAAUUCCUAUCUCUAAAUUAAUUCAAGGUAAUUAAAGAUCUGAAAAGAAUGAGGGAAAAUAUUAUACUUAUUUUUUAGUUGCUCCAGUUGGAAUACAUUGGGCUUAUAAAUCAGCCUAUUUUAUUAAAAUAUGUGAAGCAUAAUGAAACCAAGGCAUUUUAUUGAGUCUUUACUUCAAGGUAAACAUUAUAAAUCUUAAUCCAUCACUAUAGUGUAAUUAUGUUCAGCCAUUAAAAAACAACAACGGAUAUAAAUACAGGUAUUUGUUUCUGUUAGUGAAUGAAUGACAUAGGUGAAAAGCCUCUGACUGGGAGACAAUCAUUUUAAUGUUUGCCUUGAUAGCACUCAUCAUUUCUCUAGAAUUUGUCCACUAAAUAGUAAGGAGCAAAGAAAUCUA